AUGGGCCGGAGAGCACUGCUUGCGCUCUGUGAGCUGCUGCUACUUCUGCUCCUGACCGCCUCGCUCACCGUCCUCGCUGUCAGCUUCCCGGAGGACAACACACCCCUCGAUGUGGUCGACGCCCACUUUUCGAGGCAGUACCCUGUUUUCAGAGGCAGGCCCUCUGGAAACGAGUCGCAGCAUCGCCUCGACUUUCAACUGAUGACCAAGAUACAGGAUACCUUGUUCAUCGCUGGCAGAGACCAGGUGUACCUUGUGAGCCUCAGAGAGUCCUAUAGGAAUGAGAUCAUUCCGUACAGGAAGCUAACAUGGCGAUCGGGCCCAGCAGACCGAGAGAUGUGCGCUGUCAAAGGGAAACACAGAGACGAGUGCCAUAACUUUAUUAAAGUUCUGGUUCCCCGGAACGAUGACCUUGUCUUCAUCUGCGGGACCAACGGCUUUAACCCCAUGUGCCGGUACUACAGGCUGGACAACCUGGAGUUUGACGGAGAAGAGAUAAGCGGACUGGCACGUUGUCCCUUUGACUCCAAACAGACCAAUGUUGCACUUUUCGCAGAUGGGAAGCUGUACUCUGCCACCGUGGCCGACUUCCAGGCCAGCGACGCUGUGAUCUACCGCAGCAUGGGGGACGGCUCGGCCCUGCGCACCAUCAAAUACGAUUCCAAGUGGCUUAAAGAACCCCAUUUCCUCCAUGCAGUGGAGUACGGCAACUACGUCUACUUCUUCUACCGGGAGAUCGCGGUGGAGCACAACAGCCUGGGCAAGGCCGUGUACUCCCGGGUGGCGCGGAUCUGCAAGAACGACGUGGGGGGCUCCCAGCGGGUGCUGGAGAAGCACUGGACGUCGUUCGCCAAGGCGCGCCUCAACUGCUCCGUCCCGGGCGAGUCCUUCUUCUACUUCGACGUGCUCCAGUCGGUCACCGACAUCAUCCACAUCGACGGUGUGCCGUCCGUGGUGGGCGUGUUCACCACGCAGAUGAACAGCAUCCCGGGUUCGGCGGUGUGUGCCUUCUCCAUGGGCGACAUCGAGAAGGUGUUCCAGGGGCGCUUCAAGGAGCAGAAGACCCCCGACUCCGUGUGGACCCCCUUCCCCGAGGAGAAGCUACCCAAGCCCAGGCCCGGGUGCUGUGCGGGCCAGGGUCCGGCAGAGUCCUUCAAGAGCUCCAUCGAGUUCCCAGACGAAACGCUGCAGUUCAUCAAGUCCCACCCUCUGAUGGACACGCCGGUGCCCUCCAUACGAGACGAGCCCUGGUUCACCAAGACGCGCGUCAGGUACCGGCUGACGGCGCUGGCGGUGGACACAGCGGCGGGACCCCACCAGAACUACACCGUGGUGUUCAUCGGCUCGGAGGCUGGGGUGGUCCUCAAGGUGCUGGCCAAGACAACCUCAGCCUCCCUCAACGACAGCCUGCUCCUGGAGGAGAUAGAUGUGUUCAACAAGGCCAAAUGCCUGUCCAGUCACGAGGACGACAAGCGGGUGCUCUCGCUGCACGUAGACGCCGACACCCACAGCCUGUAUGUGGCGUUCUCCAGCUGCGUCAUCCGCAUCCCGCUGAGCCGCUGCGAGCGGCACACCUCCUGCCACAAGUCUUGCAUAGCGUUGCGGGACCCCUACUGUGGCUGGAAGAGCCAUGGCGCCUGUGAGAAGAUCCAGCCAGGCGUUCUGACUGGAUAUGAGCAAGAUGUGGAGUUCGGAGACACCGCUCAGCUAGGAGACUGUCAUGCAUUUUUGCCUUCUACGUCAGCGCCAGGUUACAAAUCAUUUGGCGACCCGACCUCUGACAUGGACUUUUCAUCCGCACCAGUCACUGCUGGCCUGCCCAGUGGGCCCAUACUCCCCCCAGUACUCAUUCCCACUCAGAGUCCCGGUUCUGGGCCUGAUCCAGACGCGUUUGGCUCAGGCCAUGUGCUGCAGGAUGACCCGGCCACCUCCCAUUCUUUAGACUCUGUCCCAGGGGGGCAUGAGGGCAUUUGGGACAUCCAGGCGAGUGAGGCCAACCAGAUGGUCCAUAUGAACAUCCUUAUCACCUGCGUGUUCGCCGCCUUCCUACUCGGAGCUCUGCUGGCAGGCCUGGUGGUGUUCUGCUACCGGGACUCGGUGCUCCACAAGCCCAGACGUGUCCGCAAAGACGCAGAGGCCGUGCCGCCCUGCUCCGACUCCACCGGGAGCUUUGCCAAACUCAACGGCCUCUUUGACAGCCCUGUGAAGGAAUACCACCCCAACAUGGACUCUCCCAAGAUGUACACCAACCUGCUGAGCAACGGCAAGGACCUCGCCUCGCCCAGCGGCGACGUCAAGACCAUGAUCCUGUGCGACGGCUGCCAGCCCCCCGAGCUGGCCGCCCUCCCCACGCCCGAGUCCACGCCGGUGCUCCAGCAGAAAGGCCUGCAGCCCAUCAAGAACCAGUGGGAGCGGGCCAGCGCCAAGGUCAGCAGCUCCCGGAAGGAGUCCAACCCGGCCGCCAAGAGCUCGCAGUUCCUCCCCUCGUCUCCCCCGCCUCCCCCCACCGCCAACCCCCACCACCCCCACCCGCCCCUGGGCCACUCCCACAUCCCCAGCGCCGUGGUGCUGCCCAACGCCACGCACGAGCACCCCGACGACGAGCGCGCCGACGGGGCGCCCCCCUGCCUCUCUGACAAGAAGGCGAAGAACCCGGAGGCCAAGGGGAGCCGGAAGGAGCAGAAGCGGUCGGUGGACGCCCGCAACACGCUCAACGACCUCCUGAAGCACCUCAACGAGGCCGGGGCCAACCCCAAGGGCCUCCUCCAGGAGGGCUCGGGCCCGCGGCCCCGGCCGCACCUCAUGCUGGAGCCCAUGGAGGCGCUGACGGAGGUGCCGCCCAAGGUGCCCAGCAGGGAGGCCUCCCUCUACUCCCCCUCCUCCUCCCUGCCCCGACACAGCCCCACCAAGCGGGUGGACGUGCCCAUGCCCUCCAGCCCCACGGGGAGCCUGAGCAUGGGCGGCACGCUGGAGAGGCAGGCGCGGGGGUACCACCUCCACCGGAGCGCCUCCCACCGGCAAUCGCUGUCCACCUCGCCCAACGGGGUAACUAUGGGCGUGUCUAUGAGCCGCCAGCACAGCAUGAACCGAGGCGGGGGCUACAUGCCCCCGACGCCCCCCUCCAGGAUGGACUCCCACGGCGGAGCCAUGGCGGCGGGCAUGCACUCGCCGCACCCCCCCUCCCUCUCGCGGCAGAGCAGCUACAGCGGCUACGGCUCGCUCCCGCGCACCGGCGUCAAACGGACUCCGUCGCUCAAGCCCGACGUGCCCCCCAAGCCCAACGGGUUCCCCCCCCAAACUCCUCAGAUGCGGGUGGUCAACAAGUUCAGCUAUUGAAGACGGGGACGCCUUGCGGUGAGUGAGCUCCAGGACGCUCUGAGCUAGGGGGGGGGGUCCCGACGGCCAUGGCGCCAUAGGACGGGAUAAGGUGGGUCCCAGCGUGGGAUUGUGCGCCACUGCGUGUUCCCCAACACGGAACACUGCACAAUCACCAAACGACACCGGGGGGGGGGGGAAAGACAUUGCACGGGUGGCCAAAGAUUCUCGUUGGGUCUCGUUCGUUCCCCUCGUCCGCCUCCCUCGCCAGCAGUAGCCCCGGCCCACGACAAGCAGAGGGAAAGGGAAUCUGUGGCCUCCCCCCCGGCUUCAAGCGCCCUGUUCCCCUCUGAGAUGACAAAGGGUUAACGGCACCGGCUUUGGGUUCGCUGCGCGACCCAUGUAUUUUCGGUACGUCGUUUCAAAACACAGAGCUGUACUUGAAGAAUGGGUCCAAUUUGUCAUAAUCUCUGAGCACUGUCUUCCCACUAAUGUGAAGUGAAUAAGGGAGCGUGUUAAUUCGGCCGUGCGUGGUUCAAAUGACUGAUUAAUAGCGUGGCCGAACGAAGAAGUAUUCUGGCUCGGUGGCCGCACGUGGGAGACGCGGGUCCACUUUAAUCGUGAAUUCUGGCGGGAUACAACAAUCGACGGUGAAUGCCCAUGAUUGGGCUUGUGUGUGUGUGUGUGUGUGUGUGUAUCUGUUCAAUAGUGGCUCAGUGUCUCGACAGCACAGACACGCAGCAACCCCCCACCUGCUGGCUAGAGUGGUACUUCACACAGAAGCUGUGUUGUGUCUUCAUCCAAUCACAUCAUCAACAUGAGCAAUUGUCAUUUAGUUUCCAUUGUUAAAGAAACUACUAUCUGAGCCCAUUUCCAACUUCAGAGUGUGGGGCGGGCGGGGGGGGGGGGGGUUCGUCUCGAUGACCCAAAACUUCAAUCUCACUGUUAAUGGUUAAUAGGGUUAAUGGUUAAUACGAAGCUGUAUUUUUCAUCUCCCAUCCAUUUCCAAUGGUUCAUUUAUCCCUGACUAGUUCUGUGUGGAUCAGAAUGCUUUCGGAAGAGUAGUGUACAUUUUGGGCUACAUUUAGACAGACGUCGGUCUGGAUCUACCUGUUUGGCUGUGUAAGCGCAGCACUAAUGCACUGUUAGACGUGAAUAGUUCCCCCCCCGAUAGGAGACGCCUCGCCCCCAUGUAGGAGACUUGAGCUGUCACCAUAACGUCUACUGCCCUCUGAUAUGGAUGUCUUUCUUUAUGUAGCAAACUGUAUUAUUGGGGGGGGGGGGGGGCAGGGUGGGAAACGCUGCUCACGGAGACAUCAUGUCCCUUCACAGAAGGGCGGGCCUGCUUUAAUAUUGUUUUCUGUUUCGGAAAAUCUGAGAUGAACCCGUGUGUGCAAUUUAAAAAGACGUAGGAACAGUGUGAUGCAUUAAUCCUAUACGAAACAUGGGGCUCGUCUGAAAUGACCUUGGUUCUGUAAGCCUUUGCCCAGGUGAAGGGACCCAACCGCAAACCCCACCCAACAACAGACCCAUUGAGUGGCCAAUGUACAAUCAACACCAUUAUUACCAAUGUGUCCUAAAGUCAUGCUGGUAAUGACGAUACCCUGUACAUACUACUUAUAAAUAGGAGCAUAAAUAUUUUUAGGUGAGGCCCUGAAUCUGUGCAUUGUGUGCCUUAUUCAACGAAUGAUCAAUCUCCACUAUGUAAUAUUGGCAAUGUCAAUUGGUCUGCAGUAUAUUAUUGUUAUGUAGUGGGGGGGGGGGGGGGGGGGUGCAAAUUCUUAUCAAAUUGGAACAAAAUGUGUUUUUGAAGAACCCACGCCUUGUUUGGGGGCAAAUGUGGAAAGCAAAAUAUAAUUUGGAGUCAAUCGCAUUUCAAAGAUAGGUAGAAAGGAGGUGAAAGCUGCUAAAUCAUGAAAGGCAAGGUGUUAAUUCGUGUCGAUGUGCCAUGCAGCGAAUGUAUUCCCCUGGAAACGGGGACGUGGUGGGGGUUAGGCGUCGCCCACCCCCCUCACAGUAUAUCUCGAGCGGUCCGCUCAACACAGUACGACACACACAGGAGGGGUUGCGUUCGAUUAGUAAUGACUACAUCUUAUGGGUGGUAACUUUACAGUUUAGAGUGAUUUACAUGCCUGUUUGAGCCCAAAGCCACGUUUUGUUUACAAGUGAUGAUUGUAUUUAUGAUUAUUUUUUUGUUUUGUUUCAUCAUAACAGUGUUUGGGCUCCCUCUCUCUUUCUCACUCACUCACACACACACACACACACACACACACACACACACACACACACACACACACACACACACACACACACACACACACACACACACACACACACACACACACACACACACACACACACUCAUAUAGUUCUAAGGACAUGCACUAACACACACAUACUCUGACAUAAACACGCAAAACAACUAUGUACCAAGAAAUACACCCAAACAUACCGGCUGUGCUCCACUGCCUACUACAUCGCUAUAUGAACUCCAACUUUCAGUCGCGACCGAAGCCUUCGUGUGUCCGUGUGAGCUCUCUGUAUGUGGAGACGUACCGGAUUUGGUCCACGUGUACUCUCUUUCAAAUACUUUGCAACACACUCGCUGCAAGGCCAGGUGUACAUAUGUUCUCCAGAGUAUUUCAGCGUGUAGAUAUAUUGUAAAGUUGUACUGUGAAUGUGUAAAUAAUAUUGGUCUUUGUUUCAUGAUACAUUUUUUUUGGGUUGAUUUAUUAUUAUUUUUUUAACACGGCAUGUAGAGUUGAAAUAAAAUAUUACUGCACAGUA